UAUCCCCUGAUCUUAUAAUAAAAAAAUAUACUUUAUUUUGUUCUUUCAUCACAUGAUAACAUCCAGAGACCCAAAAGGGAAAUUAUCAGUGAAAUUGAUUUGAUUAAUUCUUGUUAUGAAAUUCGGGAAAGAGUUUACAACGCAUUUAGAAGAAACCCUACCCGAAUGGAGGGACAAGUAUUUGUGUUACAAACCCCUCAAGAAGCUUCUCAAGAACCUUCCACCUACCGACGGCGGUGACAAUCCUCCGCCGCACUUGCAGGACUGGUUCGUCAGAAUUCUCAAUGAGGAACUUGACAAAUUCAACGAUUUCUAUGUCGAUAAAGAGGAGGAAUUUAUUAUUCGAUUACAGGAAUUGAAGGAACGGAUUGAAAGAGUGAAGGAGAAGAGUGGCAAAGACGGAGUUCUCACAAAAGACAGUGAAUUUAGUGAUGAAGUGAUGGGUAUACGUAAAGACUUUGUUGCUAUACACGGGGAGAUGGUUCUUCUUAAAAAUUACAGCUCUCUAAAUUUUGCAGGUCUUGUUAAGAUUUUGAAGAAGUUUGAUAAACGAACUGGGAGAUUGUUGCGUCUUCCUUUCACACAACUUGCUCUUGAUCAGCCCUUCUUUACAACUGAGCCUUUAAAUAGAUUAGUCUGUGAGUGUGAGGAAAAUCUCGAGCUCCUAUUUCCUUUGGAAGCAGAAGUUGUAGAAUCAGAUGCUACUGCAGAAGAGCCGAAGAGAGGAACUACUUCUUAUGCUACAAAUGUUUCUCCAGCAUUGCCACUUGGGGAAGAAAAUGUGGAUAUAUAUCGAAGUACACUUGCGGCAAUCAAAGCUAUUCAGGGACUGAAGAAGGCAAGCUCCACGUAUAAUCCACUAUCAUUUUCCUAUAUCUUUGGUAACCAAGAUAAUGAUAGCACAGGCGCUAUAACUGCAGAAAACUCUGAUUCAGACCAGUCGGUUGCCUCUCAGAGUGAUAAAGAGACAGAUCAAGAGGAUUCCCAUCCACCGGAAUAGGGAACACCUUUCUAGUUUGCUUCGUUGGUCUUUGCUCAGUGGUUUGUUGUUGACUAAGGGAGGUAAAAUGGUUAGCUUCUUCAUUGUAUUCUACUGUUCUGGAAUAAAUUGUUCUCUGUCGACAACUUUUAGUUCUUGGAUUACUUCUCAUUUGUUUGAAACUUUUAGAGGGCAAAAACUUUUAAGAUGUACAUUCUGCGGAAGAUGUAUAACAUUUAAGUUAGUCUUAUCAA